GGUUUGCCGCAGACGCCAAAGAGCGGGGCGAAGUCUUGCCAGUACAACGGUCUGGACCAUGCGUCGCACUCUGCGGAGUGGGCGAGCACGCCAGAUGAUGACAACUCACUGGUGUAUGAAGAUGGCGUUCUGGUGUCUGGGUCGCUGCAGGCGCUGAUACAACAUGCAGUCCCCACAGCCGUGUACUAUCCAGAUACUGCCUACCUCUUUGCAUUCCUGUUAUCAUCGCGACUCUUCAUCAAGCCUCAUGAACUCCUGCAACGAGUGUGUGAUGUUGGAUUUACUCAGCAAAGGGUGUUGGGAAAAGCCAAACGCAUUGAGCUUCCGUAUUUCACUAAAAAGGUCUUUAUUGCCACCAUUAACUGGAUUAUCAGUUAUUAA